CCACGUUCUAAACUUCCUGAUUGUGCACUACAUUUGUAAGAUCAUAUGUCAAAUUUAUGAACGAGUGUACAUGCAGUCAUGUUGACUCAAAUCUUAAAGUUAAUACUGGUUGUGUAUUGGAUAACAAACUUAGCUAUGGGCGUGACUUUGUCAGGAAACGGGACAUCUGGAGGUUUUACAAUCCAAGAGAACUCAUCACUUCUAUUAACGUGUUCUUCGCCUACCGAUACGCAGUAUGUAACCUAUUACAAAAGAUAUUCCUAUAUAUCUCCCGAUACUAUAACCGCAGUAGGGUACGGAAUAUCAGGCUGUGCCAUGGACCCAAUACCGCCGUCCUAUCUUAUCUGCUCCUGUGUCAGUAGGAGGGAGUACGUCUGUGUCAUUCGGACCGUCACCAGAGCCAUGAACGGAGACGUUUGGUUUUGUGUACCCGCAGGAGGAAAUACAUCCGACAACAGUGGGGAUCAAACAAUCGUCGUAUCAAUCGGUAUAACCGCGGUGUCUAUGGUAUUUCCGGUGGGCAGCUACGUAUCCGUCAUCGAAAACACCGCCAGACAGUUCCGUUGUGAGACAUCUGCCGGGAACCCACAGGCCACCGUGGAGUGGUACAAGGAUAAUGGUACACUGGACAGGGCGGAUGACACGGAGAUUACUACCGGGAUAGAGAAAGACACUAGAGCAAGUGGCACUCUCAUUGUGAAUAUCGGUAAACUUACGUUGUCUGUGCUGAGAAGCGAUCAGGAAGUGGGUGUGUACUGCAAGGCAAACAACGGAGGGGAUUGGCUGUAUUCCUCCACCGUUGUAUUAGACAUUCAGUAUGAACCCACCGAUCCGAAAGUAUCCUACAAGGGUUCCGAGGUUACCUCCCCUGUACGGGUAAUUUCCGGGCGUUCCAUGACGCUCACGUGCAGUAGCACGGGAAACCCGAGCCCACUUACACUUGGAUGUACCCUGGUGGAGACUCAUAUCGUGGCUCCACGCUCACUCUGGCCAGCGUGCUGAAAACACACACCGGAGGUGUUACGUGUACAGCAAAGAACACGUUGUCGCCUACAGGAGGGACAGCUGUUGAUAAGACACGGAAAACAACCAUCACUCUUCAAGUUCUAUAUCCUCCAAGUAGACCAUCAUGCACCAUCAGUGGAACUUCUAUCUCGACCUCUGCUGUACUAGUCGAGAGCACAGACAGCACUAUCAGCUGCAUAAGUUCCGCAAAUCCGACCCUUAUUACGUACACCUGGUCAACUCCG